AUGGUUCAAUCUCUCAUCCAUCUUCCCGACGAGAUCUUGAGUUCUAUACUAUGCCACUCCUCCCCUCAGUCGUGUUCUGCGAUCGAACAAACCCACACGAGAUUCCGAUCCGUUACAAAUGAGCCUUUGCUAUGGCGUAGAUAUUGCCUAACGCAUUACAAAUUCUGGAGUGACUACCACGAGAUACGCUGGAAAUCGACCUGCCCGGUACACUCAGUUGACUGGAAGGCACUUUUCGUGUCCAGAGAUCAAGUUGAUCAUUCCGUGACUCGGAUUCUGGAUGGUAUCCUGGGUAGUCAGACAGGUCGCAUCGAGGGUUUUCGUUCGGUGGUGGAGUUUGGAUACGACGCCAAAGACACCCUACUACGACAUGCCAGCGUGAGCUCCGGGGAGGAUGUACUGGCCAGAAGGUGGGCUUGUCUCCAUGGAUUUGGCAUAUUUUGCCCUCAGUUCGUCACAUCUUGUGCCGAUCUCGUCAUUCUCAGUCCUCGCGAAAAGGCUCUCGCCAUUGCGUCCUGGCUUGAGGCCAAUGGUCUUACAGGGAUAGAUCCUGGGCGAGAAUAUCAUGCUUUGGAUCACAACUUCCUAGGCAUGGCACUCCAGAAUAGUGAGCACAAUUCCUUGCCACUGGUGUCCGCUGUAAUAUACUGCUUCGUUGCACGCGGCAUUGGCUUGAACGCUCAGCCUUGUGGGUUCCCGUUUCAUGUCCAUGUCAUUGUUACCCCUCAGCCGGGCUGGAACAUGGACGGCGACCCUGUGGGUGCAGAGAAGCAGGGAGAGCCUCUGUAUGUUGAUCCAUUCAGAGGGGCUCGGGAAACCCUGGCCUCGGCAUUGCGUAGCCAGUUGGCCUUCCUAGGGAUGUCACCUCUGGACCAGCUCACAAUAUUGGGCGAGUCCAGUCCCUCGGCCGUUGCUUUGCGCUGUGGUAGAAACAUUUUGAACUCGAUUCGACUUGAGACCCAGCACCCAGAGACGCCGACUACUUCGGUGGAUGUCGUGAGCGCCAAAUAUGCCGCAAUCUGGUCUGUGAUGCUGUUGUCCGAUGAUUCGAGGCCCGCAGACCUUCGCCAUUACCUGCCUCGGCUCAUGGAAUUGUUUGCUGCCGACUUUCCGUCGGAUCUUUUUCUGGUCGAGAAAUACAUUGUUCCUUUAUUUCGAGGGAUGUAUGAGCAUGAAAACAUCUUGGAAAGUCUGCAUGUAAUGAGGACCGUGGAUGAAAUCCCCAGGCAGGUUCGAAGACGAAGUGGAGGAAAUACAAACAUACGAUAUGCAGUAGGCCAGGUUUUCUGCCAUCGUCGCUAUAGCUACACGGCUAUCAUUACCGGGUGGGAUUCAGAGUGUGGUGCAGGCGAGCAGUGGAUGAUGAGAAUGGGGGUUGAUCGAUUGGAAGCUGGCAGGUAUCAAAGUUUCUAUCAUGUCCUUGUGGAGGAUCGAAGUGUCCGAUAUGUGGCAGAGGAAAAUAUUGAGCCCAUAUUGCUCAAAUUCAGUGAAUUACCAAAUAGCUUGACUGCUAUUGCAGGGAAGUAUUUCAAAUGUUGGGAUGAAAAGAAUCUUAUGUUUGUCAGUAAUAUGCGGGAUGAAUAUCCUGAUGACUAG